AUGAUAGACAUCAAUUCAUAAAUAAGGUAGAAUGGAUUAGACACAAAAAUAGAAAGUCAUCUGAAUACAAAAAUACUAACAGCUCCAAAUGAUUAAUAGGAGUAAAUUAAUCAAGAAUCUCAACCAUUAAAUUUAAAUGAACAAAAUCAUGAGCCUUCAUUACUUACUAUUCAAGAAGAAGAAGAAAAAAAAUUCUAUCCUUACCAUCAUGGGUAAAAUUAUUUGCUUCUUUCAAAGCUCAUCUUUCUAGAUCUAACAAGAUAUUCAUUAUUUUUAAAAAAACAUUUAUUAGACAAAAAUCAUAAAAUAACAGAGAAGCACUUACCAAAAUUAUCACCUUGGGAAGAUUUAAAAGAUACUGUCGAAGAUUCCCAAAAUCGAGUAAAAAAUAAACGGAAAAUUAACUGUAGCGAUUUAGUGAAAAUAAUAUUUUUCGGAUAAUUAAAAUGGAUUAGCAUAGGAUGUUUUUUUUCUCAUGUUUUUGAAGCUCUAGCAAAGAAUGGAAUAUCCAUUACAAUGAGUAAAGUAAUUACAAGUGCUUAAAAAGAUGAAAAGGAUGAUGCAUAUCUAUUUGCUGUUUUGAUGGUUGCUUUAAAUCUACUGAGUUUUUUAACAAUGCAUCAUGGUUAUAAUUUGGCAAUGAUUUUCUCAACAAAAGCAAGAAUGACACUUAUUAAUUUAGUUUAUUUAAAGUUAACUGAAUUAAGUGCUUAUUCAAUAGCUGAAGCUAACAUAGGUAAAAUUUUUAAUUUAGUGUCUGGUGAUAUCAAUUAUCUUGAAUAUGUCUUUAUUACAAUAUUCUAUAGUAGUGUUUGUUUUGUGUCCAUAAUUUUUGGCUGCUAUAUAUUAUGGGAUAGAUUUAAUGGGCCUAUUGGUUUGAUUGCACUUGCUAUUAUUUUCUUAGUGUACCCGAUAUAAGUCAUGCUUUAAUGGUUUAACUCAGAAACACUUAAAAACUCAAAACCAUAUUAAGAUUAACGAUUAAAAUUGACAAAUGAACUUAUUGAAGGAAUAAGAUUAAUUAAAAUGUAUGCAUGGGAACAAGCCUUUUUUUAAAUGAUUUCAAUAAUUCGACAAAAGGAAUAUAUUUGCCUAUUAACAAUCAAUUUUAGAUCAGCUUUAGACAGAUUAUUUAGUUUAAUUUCAUAGAUCUGGUCAAGUUUUAUAUUUUUUAUCAUUUUGUAUUAUGGAGGAUACAGAGAAACAAUGAGUGUUGCUGAAAUGAUUUCCACCAUUCAAUUACUGACAUUUUUAAAAUUAAGUUGUGUCUUCAUGGUUUCUUAUGGAAUUUAAUCUGUAAUUCAAAUAAAGGUAUCUUUUAAUAGAAUAGCAACAAUUUUAAAUAUAGAAAAUUAAGAAAUGAAAAAUUUGGAUAAAAAUCAAUAAAUAUCAGAAAGUGAUACCUAUAAAUAAAACUAUAAUGGACCUAGAAUUCAAUUCAAGAAUUUUACAUCAUAUUGGACAAACUUAAUUUCUGAAACUACAAAACCAGUUCUCAAAAACAUUACACUAGAAAUUUAUUCAGGAGAAACUUGGGCUAUUAUUGGUAAAGUAGGUUGUGGGAAAUCCACUUUACUUAGUUCUUUAUUGCAUGAGAUUCCUGUAUAUAGUGGCUCAUUCAAAAUUGACGGUCAAGAGGCAAAUAAAACUAUUUUGUCAGUAGCAUAUGUUGAAUAAGAACCAUUUAUUUUUCCUGAUACUAUAAAAAAGAAUAUUUUGUUUGGUAGACCAUAUAAUAAAGUCUUAUAUCAAAAAGUGUUGCAUGCAUCUUAAUUGGAGGCAGAUCUAUCUUCAAUGAAAUUUUAAGAUCACACUGAGAUAGGAGAAAGAGGAAUCACACUUUCUGGAGGAUAGAAAGCUCGUGUAUCUCUAGCUAGAGCUUUGUAUUAAUAAGCAGACCUAUAUUUAUUUGAUGAUCCAUUAUCUGCUGUUGAUGCUAAUGUUGCUAAAAGGAUUUUUUAGAUGGCAAUCAAAGAAUUUAUUUUUGAAUAUCAAACACAGAUAAAUCCAGAAAAAAAGAAGCCAAUCGUUAUUUUGGUUACUCAUUAAAUCUAAUAUGCUAUUUAAUGUGACAAAAUAGGCAUUUUAAAUGAUGGAGAAUUAAUAGCUCAAGGCUAAUAUUAAGAUAUUAAAUCAAGUUUAUAUAUGAUAAAUGAAGAGUUAGCAUAAUAAUUAAAUAAUAGUUAGUAAACAAAAUAACAAGGAAGUGAAGUAGAAAAUCUUUAAAAAAAAAAGAAAAUCUAAAACUUAGUUGCUAAUAACUUAGUUGGUAAUGAAGCUGAUUAACAGUAGUUGACAACUUUAAGAACGUAUUUUAGAUAUUAUUAAUUUUGGAAUGUAAUAGUAAUUCUUCUUGUUCUACUUUUAGAAGCUGGAUCUGAAGUUCUAAUAAAUUAUUAUUAAAGAAUUGUUUCAAUUUUUCAAGAAUAUCAAUAAGAAAAUGAUAUUGAUACUGCAUAUUAUAUAUUAGGAAUGCUUACUUUAGGACUGCUUCUUUGUAAUCUAAUAAAAUAUUCUUUGAAUACAUAUUCAGUAUAAAAUUCUACUCAGAAGAUACAUUAAGAAAUGCUUAAAUCUUUAAUAUUAGCACCUGUUUCAUAUUUUGAUGUAAAUCCAUCUGGCAGAAUUCUCAAUAGAUUUUCUAAUGAUCUAUCUUUGUGUGAUAGUCAAACAAAUUAUGUUAGCUUAGAUGUGUUAGAAAUAAUUGGUAAUUUCUUAUUUGCUCUAAUAACCUUAGCAAUAUUACAACCAUAUUUUUUGAUAAUGAUUAUUUUUAUUAUCACAAUAAAUGCAUAUUAGUUUAGUUAUGCUAAGAAAAUUAUUAGUUAAUUAAAAGAAGUUGAAUUAAUGUAAAAAAGCCCCUUAUUUGAUUUUCUGAAGAAAACAUUAGGAGGAGUUAUUCAAAUAAGAGUUUAUCAAUAACAAGACUGGUUUCGAAAACAAUUUUUAGAGGUUUCAAAUAAAUGCAAUCUUAGUGCUUUAACUUAUUACUAUUCAUCAAGAUCUUUUGGGUUCAAUUUAGACGUAGUGGGAUUUAUUACUUCAUCAGUUGGAAUUUUUAUAUUUUUAAAAUUGAAUUAUGACAAUAUUGCUGUUUUAUCUUAAGGAUUAUUAAUAUUAUCUACAUAUAAUGAUUUACUACAAUGGGGAUUAAGACAGUUAAUAACUUUUGAUACACAAAUGACCUCUUAUAAUAGAAUGUUUUAGAUAAUAGAUAUAAUUCCAGAGCCUCCUCACAAUGUUAAAGAAGAUGAUAAACAUGUUGAUUUUCCAAAGGAUGGAAGAGUAAAAUUUGAGAAUGUUUUCAUGAGAUACAGAUCAAAUUGUGAUUUAGUACUUAAAGGAUUGUCAUUUGAAAUUUAAAGUAAUGAAAAAGUUGGUUGUGUUGGAAGAACAGGAGCUGGAAAAUCUUCUAUUAUACAAGCCCUUUUUAGAAUGUCAGAAAUAGAAGAUUUAUAGGAAUCAAAAUUAUUAAUUUCUGAUUAAGAUAUUAGAAAAUUAGGAUUACAUAAAGUACGAAGUAAUAUUGGAAUUAUACCUUAAUCUCCUUUCUUAUUUACUGGGACAAUAAGAAGAAAUUUAGAUCCAUUUGAUAUUCAUUAAGAUGAAAAAUUAUGGAAAGCUUUAGAAUAAACAGACCUUAUAAGUCAUGUAAAAAAUUUAUAAAAGGGUCUUUUGACAGAUAUGAGUGAUGUAAAUUCUGUUUUUUCUGUGGGGUAAAAAUAAUUAAUCUGCUUGGCCAGAAUGAUAUUAGAAGAAAAGAAAAUAAUUGUUUUGGAUGAAGCUACUGCAAAUGUUGAUAUGAAAACAGAUGAUUUUAUUUAAGAAACUUUAAAAUAGAAAUUUUCAGAUUGCACAUUAAUAACUAUUGCUCAUAGAUUAAAUACUAUAGCAGAUUAUGAUAAAAUUAUGGUUAUAAGUGAAGGAUAAAUUGUAGAAUUUGAUACUCCUUUUAAUUUAUUAGCCAAUUCUAUAAACUCUAUUUCUGUUGAUAAAUCAACUGAAUUUUCAAGGUUAGUAAAAAAUACUGGAAAUGAAAACUGUUAAGCCAUUUUUGAAAUAGCAAAAUCAAAGUAAAAAAAAUUAUGA